GUGCAGAAAGAGAGAGAGAGCGAGAAGGAAAAGGAAAAGGAACGGGAGAGGGAGGGGGGAAGGAUGCGCGACGGAGAGAGGCGGAGCCGAACGGCGCAUGCGCAGACGGCGGACAUGUUGCGCUCGGUAGCGGCGAGCGGAGGCGCAGGCGGCGUCGUCUGAGCGUUUUUUUUUUCUCCGGGCCGCGGGUGUGUUCGCACGGAGCCGCCCUGCUGCCACCACCGGGGGAGGAGGACAACAAGCAAGCCGCCACCAUGAGCACAGGCUUGGACCUCUCGCGACGGAACCCGCAGGAGGACUUCGAGCUGAUCCAGAGGAUCGGGAGCGGAACCUACGGCGAUGUGUACAAGGCACGAAAUGUCAACACGGGAGAGCUGGCAGCCAUCAAAGUCAUUAAACUGGAACCAGGUGAAGACUUUGCGGUGGUUCAGCAGGAGAUCAUUAUGAUGAAAGAUUGUAAACACUCAAACAUUGUGGCGUACUUCGGCAGUUAUCUCCGGAGAGAUAAAUUAUGGAUCUGUAUGGAGUUCUGUGGCGGUGGAUCACUACAGGAUAUUUACCACGUGACUGGACCACUGCUGGAGUCACAGAUUGCAUACGUUUCACGGGAGACCCUACAGGGCCUGUACUACCUCCAUAACAAAGGCAAGAUGCACAGGGAUAUUAAGGGAGCAAAUAUCUUACUAACAGACAACGGCUACGUGAAGCUGGCGGAUUUCGGCGUCUCUGCUCAGAUCUCAGCCACUCUGGCCAAGAGGAAGUCCUUCAUCGGAACACCAUAUUGGAUGGCUCCGGAAGUGGCUGCAGUAGAGCGUAAAGGAGGUUAUAAUCAGCUGUGUGAUAUCUGGGCCGUGGGCAUCACUGCUAUAGAGCUGGCCGAGCUGCCCCCUAUGUUCGACCUGCACCCAAUGAGGGCUCUUUUCCUCAUGACCAAGAGCAACUUCCAGCCUCCUAAACUGAAAGAUAAACUCAAAUGGACGAGUAAUUUCCAUCACUUUGUGAAAAUGGCACUAAUUAAAAACCCUAAGAAACGACCGACUGCUGAUAAACUGCUGCAGCACCCGUUCGUUUCGCAGCCGCUGAGCCGCACCCUCGCCAUCGAGCUGCUAGACAAAGCCAGCAACCCCGACCACGCCGACAUCGAGGACAGCCACGACGGCGAGGACGAGGAAGCUGACCCCGAGUCUCCGGUACACGUUCCCCAGCGGAUCACAUCAGCAAGCCGAAGUUCAAGGGAUAAAAAGACUUUGUCCGAGAUUAACUUUGAUCAAGUUAAGUUUGAUCCUCCACUGUGGAAAGAGACGGAGCUACAUGAACCAGAUUUUCAGUUGGAACCACAGAGUUUACUGGGUGACCAUAAGAGUCUGUUAAAAUCAGUAGCCGAGGAACUCAAUCAGAGGGGUCAUGUGACACAUUUAGAGGAGGAUGAUGAGGAUGGUGAUGAUGAAGCUGGACAUUCAAACUCGAGUUCAACUAUGAGGCCUAAAGUCCCUCCCCCGUUACCCCCUAAGCCGAAGUCUCUCGGUCCUCUUCAGAGCGACCCUGACGGAGAGGAUGCCGCUGGGCAGGGAACCAUAAAACGUUGCCCUGCCUCCUCAAGCCCUGCCACUCCUCCUCGGCCCGCCUCCUGUGUGCCCCCCAGGCCGCCGCCCCCUCGUCUGCCCCCCCAGAGACGCAGCAGCUUAGGUAAAGGGCCUCCCCAGCACGCUCAGACAGAGCCUGAAGGGGAUGAUGGGAGUUUUAGGUUCUGGGAGUGGCUUCACGCAGAGGAGCAGAAGGAAGACAGUAACGGACUGAGCGCCUCCUCACAAAACGGAGAGAGAGAAAGACUGUCGACUCUACCCACCAUUCCCAGUCGCAGGAGUAAAGACAUUCCUAAGCCGAUGUGUAACGGUCUGCCUCCCACUCCUAAAGUGCACAUGGGAGCGUGUUUCUCAAAAGUGUUUAACGGCUGUCCACUGAAGGUCCACUGCGCUUCGUCCUGGGUCAACCCAGACACCAGAGAUCAGUAUUUGCUUUUCGGAGCCGAGGAAGGAAUGUACACCCUCAAUCUGAACGAGCUUCACGAGACCUCGAUGGAGCAGAUCUUUCCCCGGAGGUGCACGUGGCUUUAUGUGAUGAACAACUGGCUCUUUUCUAUAUCCGGUAAAGCGUCCCAGUUGUACUCCCAUAACCUGUGCGGUCUCUUCGAGCACGCUCGGCAGAUGCAGAAGUUACCGGUGUCCAUACCGACUUACAGACUGCCCGAUAAAAUCAUCCCUCGGAAGUUUACAGUGUCCAAUAAGAUUCCAGACACAAAGGGGUGCCAGAAGUGCUGUGUAGUUCGCAAUCCAUACACUGGGAUGAAGUAUCUGUGUGGUGCGUUCCAGUCCAGUGUAGUUUUGUUUGAAUGGGUGGAGUCCAUGCAGCGCUUCAUGUUAAUCAAGAAUAUAGACUUCACAAUCCCUUGUCCAUUAGAGGUGUUUGAGAUGCUGGUGGUCCCAGAGCAUCACUACCCGCUCAUCUGUGUAUCAGUGGUGAAGGGCAGUCAGCCCGAUCAGGUCGUGACCUUCGGCACCGUCGACCCCAACGACAUCGCACCGACCUUUACCGAGCCUGAUACGCCACAAACGUGCGUGAUUCACGUCACACAGCUGGAAAGGGACACCAUUCUGGUGUGUUUGGACCGUUGUAUAAAGAUGGUGAACUUACAAGGCCGGUUAAAAUCCAGCAAGAAGCUCUCAGCUGAACUCACCUUUAACUUCCAGAUUGAAGCAAUAGUUUGUUUGCAGGACAGUGUGCUGGCAUUCUGGAGACACGGCAUGCAGGGACGCAGCUUCAAAACCAAUGAGAUCACGCAGGAGAUCUCGGACACAUCGCGCAUCUUCAGACUGUUGGGCUCAGACAGGACGGUGGUAUUAGAGAGUCGGCCCACAGAUAACCCAACAGCUCAGAGUAACCUGUACAUACUUGCUGGCCAUGAGAACAGCUACUGAGCGUACACACACACACACACACACACACACACACACACACACUUAACAGCAUUCCUUCUCCACACUACAUGAAAUAACACUCUACACGCCUGCCAAUGCUAUAAGCUACAUGUGCACGUGCAUAAACACACACACACACACGCAUUCCUAUAAACACUUCGCCAGAAAAGUCUUCUUACACUACUGUCUGUUUAAGACACAACCAUAAACACUACACACACACACACACACACACACACACACACACACUACACCCCUGCCACUCGCUGACUCGCCUGUUUUAAACUAUUUAUUGUGGCACGUUCCAAUGAGGCGUCUUUUUAUUUUAUUUGUAUUUUAUUUUCCUUUUUUUUUUUUUCAUCAGCCUGCCUGCAGCCUUCCCUCUAUAACAGUCCGUCUCUUAAAGAGCUGAUACGCCGCCGGUGACGUCUCGACCUUCACGGCUGCUACGUGCCGACUCAGUAACGCACCGAUUGGCGUUUUAGGGAUAAUCAAAUAUCUGCCAUCUAUUUCUUUUCGAACGACGCUGUGCGGGCAAAAGUAUCGGGACACCUGACUUUCCCCGGUCGUGUGUGCGCAAAAAUUAGAAGGCGUGUGAUUUUGUAUUAUGAAAAUUUCCCUUCAGUUUAUACGAUGAAAUCGGGUGUUAGUUAUAAGUAUGUUUAUAUUGUAGUUAUAUUUAGCCAAAAUUGUCGUCUUUUUUUGCUCGUCCUAAACAAUAAUAGUGCAAUAAAACCACCUUGUCUAAAUCGUGAGCGUCGUUUCAGUCGUUAUUGUAGAGAAUAGAUUUAGACACUGUGGGGCCAAUGUGGACACCCGAGUGAAAGAUUUCCCGCUUCUUAUUGAACGUCUGGUCUCACGUUUGCUUUUUGACCUCCAUUCCUCAGGGAAGAUGUUCCAGUUGACUUUGUGACGAUUUCUGUGAGAUUCAUUCCGUCAGGUGCGGUGAGGAGGUUCCAGGGGUGCGGUCGGCGUUCGUGGUGUUUAAUAGAGUUUGCACUCAGGUGCAGAAGAUCUUCCAGUCCAUCCCAUCGAUACUACAGCGUCCAAAGACGUCGCAUACAGUCGUGUGCCUCCAGGUUUUUUAUAGAAAGAACAUAUGGCUGGGUGUCCUAAUACUUUUGGACGUACAAUGUUAAGUUCGAUAAAAUCGGUAAUUUGUCCGCUUCACCUCGCGGGUUAUUACGUUGUUGUUCCGCAGCACAAAGUAAAAAAAAAAAACAGCUCUGCUCAGACGAGUGGUGCGUAACUUCUCUGUAGGUCUUCGCCAUCGUUACUUAUUCUAGUAAUAAUAAUAAACAAUAACAUGCCUGUGGAUUUAUGCAUCACAAUAUCAGAAACGUGUUCAUGCAUAGAAGUUACAGAAACGCUAACGGACCCGUGUACAUACUUUGGUUUUUCAGAGGUUUAAAGGCUUCUCCCGAA